AUGCAUUCGCUGCUUGUUUGUGUUUCAGCGCUUUGCUUUUGUCAGCUUUUCGAAGGGGCAAUUGGAAUGGAGUGGAUCCUCUGCAAGGAUUGUCGGGUGAAUGUGAUAUAUCCGACAGGAAUACCCCCACCAGAGUUGCCCAAAAACCAUAAAAUAGUUCGCAUCGUCAACGAAUACAAGCGAAUCAGCAGGGAGGAAAUGGAAUACGAGAUGAGAUCAGAAUGCUUAAAGUACGAUCCAAAGAGUUCAGCUUUAUGCCAAGGUAAAGGUGGGAAAUUCCACCGAUGCAGUGCAGCCUUGGUGGCUCCCAGUGUCAUCACCUCAAGUACUUGCUUUUUAAAGGAAAUCCCUCAUCAAAUAGAAAUCAUCUUCCAUGGCGGAAGAACUUUUGAAGUGGAUAAUUUAGUAAACCCGAGUGGUGUCCCGAACUAAGUCUUUCCAUCUGAAGACCCCUCGGAAAACAAUCCAAUUAACAUAUGAUGGGGAUCUCCCUUGGGCAUUAAUGCCUCCAUGAUAAUGGCCAGUCCUGAUCUCAGAUUUUACGCCCGUCGUCGAACUCAAAUCAUCUCGAAUCGGGCCUGCAAGACAACUUUUUUGGAUGAUUCGGUUUUUGUAACUUCCAAUAUGAUGUGGCCUUGAACUCCAAGAACCCGAGAAAUGUGCCACUUCCCCGGAGAUUCCUUACUCAUAGACCCACUGUGCGGCUUAAAUAUUUAUGGGUUUCGCUGUUUUUCCAAUGCACUCAAUGGUGAUCUCUACAUAAACCUUGAACUGCAGCCCAUGAUCAACGAUUUGAUACGGCAACUUAAUGGUUAA